AUGCCCUCGGAUUCCACAGGCUCGCGCUCUCCAACUUGGUGUCAAGUCAAACCAACGGGCAAACCUACGGCCAUUUAUCCUUCAUCUUCCGGCGCAAGCUCAGGACAUGGAGCUCGCCAUUGGAGAGCCCCACAGCAAACUGGGUUGCUUUUUAUAAUAGUAUAUAGCCCGCGGGGGUGA